GAACAGUAUCAAAAAGUUUAGGAUCAAAAGGAAUGAUUAUAUCAAAAAUGGGAUUUACUAAAACGGCAAUAGAAGAAGUAAAAGGAAGAAAAGAAAAUGAUAUUAUUCUAAUAAAUGGAGAAUCAGAAAUAGAAGAAAAAUUCGAAGAAUUAUCAGGAGUAAAAAUAGAAAGAAAAAGGAGACAUAGGACAAUAGUUAUGGAAACUGCAGAAGAAAUGAUAAUUAAUAAUCAAGAAAUACAAAUUAAAAAACCAAGAGGAAUAGAAAUAGAGGAAGAUGAAUCAAUAGAAAUUAAAGGAAAAGAAUUUCUUGGACUAUUAGACACUGGAGCAUCAAAAAAUGCGAUAAAAGAAAGUAUAGCGAAAAGACUAAAAUUAAGAAUAGAACCAACAAAUGUAAAAUUUGGAACAGUAGGAAAAACAGAUGCAGAUGUAAAAGGAAAAACAAUGGCAAAUAUAAAAAUAGGAAAAGAAGAACUAAAAACAGAACAAGAAUUUUACGUCAUAGGAAGUUUAGGAAU